CCAUGGCAACCCCGGAGCCUUCACACCCAGACUUGUCGCGAAGCCGGCCACCAGCCGAGUUGUAGGUUGGGCCCCAGGAGGAGCGCGCGACUUUUGGCGGCCCAACCACGAUGCCCAGGUGACCAUUUCUCUCUCUGCUGGGCACCUGGAAAACAGAUAAUCAUGAUUUGGAAGAAUGGUGUGGGACUGGGGAGCAGACAGGCCGAGACGGACUUCCUGGAGGCUUCAUCUGUAUAUGAAUUUUAGAGCAAACAUUGAGACUCUCUGGGAAAUUGCAAAAGCUGAAGUAGAAAAAAGAGGAAGUAAUGGAAGUGAAGGCGAUGGAGUUGAAAUUGGAGAAAAAUCUGUUUUCUUCAUUGGCAGUAAAAAUGGGGGGAAGACUACUAUUAUUCUAAGGUGUCUUGACAGGGAUGAGCCAGCAAAACCAACCUUAGCUUUGGAAUAUACGUAUGGAAGAAGAGCAAAAGGACAUAACACACCAAAAGAUAUUGCUCACUUUUGGGAACUAGGUGGAGGAACCUCUUUAUUGGACUUAAUCAGCAUACCAAUCACAAGUGACACCUUACGGACAUUUUCUAUUGUUCUUGUUUUGGAUCUUUCAAAGCCGAAUGACCUUUGGCCCACUAUGGAAAAUCUGCUGAAAGCCACAAAAAGCCAUGUUGAUAAAGUGAUAAUGAAAUUGGGAAAGACAAAUUCUAAAGCAGCUUCUGAACUGAGGCAGAAAAUGUGGAGUAAUAUGCCAAAGGACCAUCCAGAUCGUGAAUUAAUUGACCCAUUUCCAAUACCUCUGGUCAUAAUUGGAAGUAAAUAUGAUAUUUUUCAGGAUUUUGACUCUGAGAAGAGAAAAGUAAUAUGCAAGACACUUCGAUUUGUUGCACAUUAUUAUGGAGCAUCAUUAAUGUUUACCAGUAAAUCAGAAGCUCUGUUACUAAAAAUACGUGGAGUUAUCAACCAGUUGGCAUUUGGCAUUGAUAAAAGUAAAUCAAUAUGUGUGGAUCAGAAUAAACCACUGUUUAUCACAGCAGGAUUGGAUUCUUUAUGUCAAAUAGGGUCUCCUCCUGUUUCUGAUAAUGACAUUGGAAAGCUUCAUGCCCACUCACCAAUGGAAUUGUGGGAAAAGGUGUAUGAAAAGCUCUUUCCACCAAAGAGUAUCUACACACUAAAAGAUAUCAAGGACCCAGCACGAGAUCCUCAGUAUGCUGAAAGUGAAGUUGAUGAGAUGAGAAUCCAGAAGGAUCAGGUAUUAUUCAAGGACGAGGUUACUUCUGAGCAUUGUGUGUUCACGUUGAAAGCUAUCUUCCCUAAGGGAACUGAGAGGCAACCGGCGGUGCGGGUAUCAUUCUUCACCUGACUCUGGAACUGGAACAAUACAAGAGAAGCUCUUCAAAGUCUUGGAAACAAAUUGAUCUUGAUUCUUGACUUAAUUCAACUAUUGUGUAUUUAUUUCUUCUUUCCCAAAUCCAAGUAAGAUUAUUAAAUAUUGUGUCAAUAUGUGACAAAAGUUAAGAUGUGUAAUUUGUUAGAAGAAAAGCUGAAUUUCUUGUUCUCUUGCAACUCUCUGGAUAUUCUAAAAUAUUUUCAAAGGGGAAAAAAUUGUGUGACUACAUAUAAUAUAUUUUUGAAAAAUAAAAGAAUCUUUUAUUAUCUACCUCUAAUGUGUAAGUAGUAUAGACCUAAGUAAGCAUGUAUACAUAUCUGCUUAUGUUUUUAGGAAAGCAAAAGUAUUUGGUCUUAAAAAUAAGUUCAAGUGCCCAUGUUGGAUACGUGGUAUAUUCAGCUGUAGCUGGUUUUACCCUCAAGAGUGAAGAACUAUUUAAAAUGGACACUCCUGGGUCCUCACAUCAAGAGAUCCUGAAUCAAUUGUCUGGAAUGGAACAUUUUAAAUCAGCA